UGACUACGGGUUCUGACGGGCCGAUCCAUAAAUCUACUCAAUUAAUCUUUCUAUCCGAAUUUUCGACAUCGCGAGAAGCCUCACUAAACCCCGCGAGAGCGAACGACCACAACCGCCUUCUAUCCGCCGAAACGCCAAUUGCCACCAGCCCAAAACCAGAGUAGGGCCAAUCGGGCAGGGGAUCUAUGCUUGGGGAAGGCAGAUAGGAAGAAGAAGCAUGAAGAUACAUUGAACCUUAGCACGCCUCGGAAUACACAUACACAUCUCUCGUCGCUAGCAAAUCAAAUCAAAUCCGCCUCGAUCAUCUGUCCUCCUCCCACGCAAUGCGGUCUUUCGCUCUAGCCGCUCUGCCACGAGCUCGCGGCGCCGGUAAACAUGCUUUAACUUCAACAACCGCAUCCAUACAAUCGCUAGCUACACGAAGACAAUUCUCCUCCCUCCCCACGCUGCGCCCCACGCUCCGCGCGUCCCCCGGAUCCAUCUUCCGGUCUCCCACCUCCACCUCCAACAGCCUCCUCCAAUCCUUCGCUCCCCAACCCAGCGCCGGAGCGGGAGCAGCAACAGCAGACCUCGUACCCAAGACCUCCCUAACCGCGCACCCGUCGCUCUCCGGCGCAGCCCAGGUCCGUUUCGGCCCGCGGCCGACGAUGGCGCGGACCAGUCGCUUGGUGCGCAAGCGGCGUCACGGGUUCCUGAGCCGCGUGCGCUCGCACAACGGGCGCAAGACGCUGCAGCGGCGCAAGGAGAAGAAGAGGUCUAUGCUGUCGAACUAGGGUCGUCUGUGCUAUGCAUGGCUCCUUGUGCCGCGCCUCGCUAAGGUCUGGGGUCUAUACGCUGUAUCCGGACACGCGGGAGACGACGCACGGGAUGAAAUGACGAGCUUCUAUGAGGAAUUCGUGACGGGGAUGCUGGCUAAAUCACGAGUGGGAACUGGUUCGAGGCCCUCAUUGAGGACGGUGUAGUAGAGGAGAGAGCGUGGGAUGUACUAUAUACUACAUAUAGAACUGUAUAUUCUAAGAACUAUCUCCAAACCAGGGACCCCAAGAUUCAACCGGUCAAAGUAGUCUUUAACCUAGUAUAUAAGUUUGUUUGUUG